AUGGAUAAUUACUUGAAAAAUGGAAAGAGGUAUUAUGACACUGAAGUAAUGUAUGAAGCAAGACAAGAAAGUCUCGCUAUCAUGGAAUGUUUGCAUCUCUACGGGCAAGCUUCAGGCCAGACUGUGAAUUUUGAUAAAUCCUCUAUUAUGUUUAGUCGUAAUACUUCUUUGCUUGAUAAAUCUACUUCUUGCUCUAUCCUGGGUGUAAAAGAGCAACUGGGUGAAAGGACUACUUAUUUAGGCCUUCCUUGUUUGAUAGGUCGGAAAAAGAAAGGAAUUUUUUCUUUUAUCAAAGACAGGGUGUGGAAACGGCUUCAGGGUUGGACGUAUCGGUAUUUAUCGAAAUCUGGCAAAGAGAUCCUUAUCAAAACUGUGUUACUCUCCCAAAUUAUACUAUGGGGAAAUGGUCGUGACGGUGGAGGUAUUCAUUUGAAAAACUGGGAUAAACUAUGUGUUCCUAGAUUCAUGGGGGGUUGGCGACUUGCUACUAAUCCGGAUUCCAUAGUUUCCCGAUUACUAAAAGCUCACUAUUUUCCUAUAUCGAGUUUUUUUUCUGCUAGGUUGAGUGGUAAUCCUAGCUUUGUAUGGAUAAGCAGUUUAGUCAAAUUUAGGAGUUCUUGGGUAAUAGGCGAUGGACAGACAGUGUCCAUUAGUGGUGAACCGUGGUUGAUGAACAUCGAUAAUCCGUUUACCACGACAGAUUUACAUCCAACUAUUGCACAAGCGAGUGUUAAUUCUUUGCUCAAAGUUGAUGCUAAAGAGUGGGAUCUAGAUGUUGUUUCAGAUUUGUUUAAUAGUCGGGAUAUCUCUGAAAUUGUUAGUAUUCCUCUUGUACCUGAUAAAAGAGAAGACUCUCUUUCUUGGAGGCUGGAAAGAAGAGGCAUAUACUCGGUUAGGAGUGGGUAUAAGCAUUUGAUGCAGACUCGACACCGUGGUAGUAAUCUGGAUGUUAGGAGUGGUUGGAAGGAUUUAUGGCAUCUUCAUAUUCCUCCCAAAGUGAAAAAUUUCCUUUGGCGGGUUAUCUCCGGCUGGUUACCAACUAGAGAUGCCUUGAGAUCUCGUCACGUGGAGCUUGAAGCUAUAUGUCGUGUUUAUGCUUGUCAGCUUACAACUCUUGGCCAGUGGAUGCAGUUGUUCAUAUCCCAAAUGGUUGAUCAGCAAGAGCAGAAUGCUAUGGUUCUUUGGGGAAUUUGGGAGAAUCAGAACAAUUUAGUAUGGCACGGUCGUGGUAACUCGGCUACUUAUUCUUUACCGCAGGUUGGUCACGUCACUUGUAAUUUGGAUGUUGCUAUAUUUCGCGAUAAUCAUCGUAUUGGAAUCGCUUGUGUGGUACGAGAUCAUGAUGGUAAAUGUUUAGGAGCAAGGGCUCGUUCGAUGCCAGGGUUACAAGAGCCUCUCAUGGCGGAAGCUAUCAGUUUUAAAGAAUCUUUGACCUGGGUCAAAGGGUUGGCUUCGCACAAUGUUCGGUUUGAAACAGAUGCGUUACUUCUAGUUCAAGUUUUCUAUUCUUCAUUAGAGGAUCGUUCAUCUGUUGGUUUGAUUGUCAAAGAGUGCAAGCAUCUUCUUAGGGACUAUGUCAAUAGUUCAUUGAGUUAUGUCAGAAUAUCGGCGAAUAUGAUUGCUCAUACUCUUACUCGGGCGUCCAUUUCUAUGUCUGAUAUUUCAAUUUGGUGGUCAGAUAUUCCGGAAUUUUUAUCUUUCUAUUUGUACUCGGAUAUUUCUAAUUAA